CAAAGACGCAGUAUCGUGUUGUCGUUCGCUGUUCGUUUGAGGACCUGGUCGUGUUCCUAAACUUGGCAAUGAUGGCUGUACUGACUUAAAGAAAACCAACAGCUUGGCUUUUUUUUAUACAUCUUCACCUAUCGUCGGUUAAUGUGGGAUUUCGAGUUCAAGUCUUCAUUUUUGUGUCUGCACUGAGUGAGUUAAGCCGUCCGUUAGCCACCUAGCACUGAAGCUAAUGUGGGCCAGCUAACGUUUGUUAGCGAAGACAAGCUAUAUUCCUUCCCAUUAAUCCCAUCCAAGAGACUGUGUGAGCGAAUAUAUUUUAACGUUUUUGAGUUGAUACCGUUGUAACCAGCCGAGGGAAACAAUGGGUUCGUCCAAGAAGCAUAAGGAAAAAAGCCGCGACAAGGACACGGAGGAGCGCCGUCGCGAACAUAAGAAACAUCGCCACAAGGACCGAGAAAGAGAUGCUUCUGACCGGGAUGGGACUCGGACUAAAGAGAAACGAAAACGCUCCGGGUCCAGGGAAAGGAGCGGACGAGAGGGCCGCAGCAAAGGCGAAAGGAGCAGUGGGGAGCCACGGGUGAAGAAAGAGAAAGUUGAUCUCGGAUAUGAGGAAGGCAAUACAGAGGUGGAACCUCAGUCUGCAAGCGGAGAUGUAUCGCUCAGCAUUGAGGAGACAAACAAACUUAGAGCCAAGCUGGGUCUGAAGCCCCUGGAAUUAAAUGAGAACAAAAAGGAGCUUGGCACCAAAGAGGACCCAGUGGUGGCUGAGACCAUCAACCCAGUUCUCAUCCAGAAGCAGAAAGAUAUGAGAGAGAAGCUUGCAGCUAUGAAAGAGAAACGCAUCCAGAACCAGAAAUUGGGAAAAGUCAAGUCCCUAGCAGAUGAUGAUUGGCUGGAUGACACCGCUGCUUGGGUGGAAAAAAGCAGGAAAAUGGCUAAAGAAAAAGAAAUGGCAGAGAAAAGAGCCAAGCUUCUGGAAGAGAUGGAUGAGGAGUUUGGUGUCAGCAGUCUGGUUGAGGAGGAGUUUGGACAAAGCAGGAAGGAUGCCUAUACAUCUGGAGAUCUAAAGGGACUCAAAGUACAGCACAAGGUGGAAUCCUUCAAUGAGGGCCAGACUGUCAUCCUGACACUGCAAGACAAAGGUGUGCUUGAGGAGGAGGAAGAUGUUCUUGUAAAUGUGGGACUGGUGGACAAGGAAAAAGCAGAAAAGAAUGUGGAGUUAAAAAAGAAAAAGCCAGAUUACAAGCCCUAUGAAGAAGAGGAGAGUGUGGAUGACAUGGUUACGUUUAAGUCCCACUCUGUACUGUCAAAGUAUGAUGAGGAGAUUGAGGGCGAAAAGAAAAAGAGCUUCCGGCUGAAUACAGGGGGCUUCGCUGAUGGAGAGCGGGAGCGGGAGCUCCAGGCCAUAAAAGAGGCUCUACGAAAUCAGGCUCAGUCUUUGGAAAUGCCCUCUCUCACUAUUGCAUCAGAGUACUACACGCCUGAGGAAAUGGUCGGCUUUAAAAAAACAAAACGCCGUGUGAAGAAGAUCAGAAAGAAGGAGAAGCAGACAGUUGGAGUUGAACAUCUUGAUGACACUCGGAGUUCUGAUUUUGGCUCCAGGUCACGUGGCCGAGGCCGCAGACCGGUGGACGAGGACGGUGAGGAAGUUAAAGAGGAGGAGGAGAGCAGAAUACCAAAUGUUGUCCCCCAAAUGUCUGAUGACAUCAGGAUGGCAGAAAUGGACAUAAGUGAAGACGAAGACUUUACACCCCCUGAGCCUGCUGUAAUUGAGGAGGACGAGGCAGAGCAGGAGCUGCAGAAACAACUGGAGAAGCAGAGGAAGCUAAAGCAAAAGCAGCUUCUCAAAGACUCUGGGGAGAAGGUGGCAGAGCAGAUUAAAGUGCUUGGUAAAGAUGACCAUGACAAUGAUCCUGAGAAGAGGAACAACAUCGUUUUCAACGCGACCUCUGAGUUUUGCAGAACUCUGGGUGACAUUCCAACUUAUGGCCUGUCAGGCAACAGAGAGGACCAAGAGGAUAUUAUGGAUUUUGAACAGGAGGAAGAGAAAGAUGAUGCUGGAAAUUCAGAUUCAGAUAUGGACGAGAAUGUUGGGUGGAGCACAGUUAACUUGGAUGAAGAGCAGAAACAACCAGACUUCUCCACAGCCUCUGCCACCAUUUUGGAUGAAGAGCCCAUUGUCAACUCUGGGCUUGCUGCUGCCUUGCUGUUGUGCAAAAACAAAGGUCUUUUGGACACUCAAAUGCAGAAGGUCGCCCGUGUCAGAGCACCAAAAGGCGCCCUGCCCAACGACAACUACUGCAUCGAGGACAAGAUGGGCUUCGAUGACAAGUACAGUCGCCGAGAAGAAUACAGAGGCUUCACCCAAGAUUUCAAGGAGAAGGAUAGCUAUAAACCUGACGUCAAAAUUGAGUAUGUGGAUGAGUCUGGGCGGAAGCUGACCCCAAAAGAAGCUUUCAGGCAGCUUUCACAUCGCUUCCAUGGGAAGGGCUCUGGAAAGAUGAAAACUGAGAGGAGGAUGAAAAAGCUUGAGGAGGAGGCGCUGCUGAAGAAGAUGAGCAGCAGUGAUACUCCUCUUGGGACGGUGGCUUUGCUUCAAGAGAAGCAGAAAUCCCAGAAAACACCAUAUAUUGUGCUUAGUGGGAGUGGGAAAAGUAUGAAUGCAAACACCAUUACUAAAUAAGUUUUGGGGAGGAAUGAAUCAUCUGUAACACAAAAAUACACAUGCACAGAUACACACACACACAUACAUACAUUUAAAGGCUGUUUUAAGUAUAAAAAGUACCUGCUAUAAUUUCAUGCAUAAUUCAUACAAGCUUCAUUGUUGUAAUAAAGAAUUGUUCAAUAAAAUGAAUACAAAUUAGA